GUGUAAACGCAGGCAUUUACACUUGCCAUGUUGCUCUCUGCUUUCACGGGGCGCUGCAGGCUGCCAGUUGUGUUUGAAAUGGGAAAUGAAACUAUUUCUUGCGGUACCUAACCGCCAACUGUUUCCUGUGUAUUUGACAACUUCGGGUAUUCUGACGCCUCUUUGGUUUUUGUAGAUUUAACUGUGAUACUCUGCAGUUGGGUAUUUUCUUUAAACGUUAGAGUUAUCUUGGAGGAUAAAGAAGUAUGGACCCCGUGAUUCUUCUUCUUGUGAUGUUAGCUGGAGUAUCGAAUGCGUUCCUUCAGGCUGGUGAGACUAAAUGCAACGCCACACAGAGCUCAUCUCAGUGCUCUGUGGCUCUCGGAGGAUCUGUGUGCAUCCAGCUGAUGACCAACGCCAGCGGUCGUCACCUGCAGUUCAAAAAAAAGCUCCCCGCUGGAGUGCUGAAUGUUUUCUCUCUGAAGAGAGACAAGGUGACCGUACACGAGACUUACAGAAACAGGACAGAGUUCCUCAGCAGCAGCAGCACACUCAAGAUGACAAAAAUGGCGAGGAAUGAUUCCGGUCUAUACAUCGUGGAUGUCUUUGAUCUAAACGGGUUACACCUGAGAACAACUAAUGUCACACUGGAUGUUCAAGGAAACAUCUGGCACAUCUUGAUCCCUGUCUGUUCAGUGAUGGCUGCUCUUCUGAUAGUGGUUUCGUGUUGCUGCGUCUGUUGUAAAGUGUGGCGUCGCAGGAAGACAGGUAGAAAACAGCUUGAAGGAACCAGAACAACUAUGAACUGAGAGCUCAAGGAACAGGACUCCUUGCAUAACACUGACUUGUGGCAUCAGUGAAAUGUCGGCCACGUCAUGUUAAUCUCAGCAGCAGCACCAUCAACAACAUCUUUGUGAAGUCUCAUUCUGAUCGAAUAGAACUGUCUUUCAAAUGUGAAAAAUAGCCCUUAUCAGUUAAUAAAUUUCUCUCAAGGAAUAUGCAAGAUAUGGCAUUUACAUACUAUUUCGCAGAUACUGGGAGGAGGAAAUGUAAAUAGAUUAAAAUAACAUACGCACUGUGAUUUAUCAAGAUUGCGUCUGUUUUUAAUAAGUUUCAAUCGAAGGUGCAAAGUUAAAGAAAUCAACAUUUAUUGAAAAAUGGAAUCACUUUCAACAUUCAAAACAUAUUAUUACACAACGAAAUACUCAAGCUCAAUAAAAUCAUGGAUGGAUUGUCCUGACCGCGCGCUCUACAAACUCGCCACGGACGCCCUCGCCUUCACGCGCAAACAGUACACGUGUAUCGUUGCCAAGCACACAGACAUAGGGUGUAUUAAAUAUCCUACCUGCAGCUGAAAAUUUAAAUUUAAAUUAAGAGCGAUGUGCGGCGUGUUAAUUAAGCUACUGUACCGCUGCUGUGCGUAAAUGCGCAUUGCUCUUAAUUAAAAGACGCACUUCCAAACUUUGCAUAUGCAUUUUUUCAUAACACAGCAGAAAAACUCACCAUUUCAGUGGGAACAGUGUUGUUGGUCUCCCUUUUUUGCCAGUGCAUCAAAGUCUGGAGUUAGUUUUGUUGUGGCAAUUCUCAGGACAGAUCUGAGAUGUUGGUCAGUUAACUUGGAUCUGUGAUGGGCUUUGUUGAUUUUCAUGACGCUAAACGUCUGCUCACACACGUAGGUCGAGCCAAACAACACCAGCAUCUUCUGCGCCGUCCUCCGGAGGUUUGGAAACGCGGUCUCGUUAAGUGAAGCGUAAAAGUCAUUCAGUUUAAGAGACUUGAACUUCUCCUUUGAGACGGAGUCAGACUGAAGAUCGAUCAGUUCCAAUUGCAGCUCCUGCGGUGCUGAUUCGGGGUCUUGUGACAGGGGACAGGACACCAGUUGAAGUGACUUGUCAAUUUUUUCAAAAUCACAGAACCGACGGCAAAAUUCUCUGUGCAGAUCGUCCAGUGAUUUGCAGUAUUUCUUCGCAAUUCGGGCGGCCUCUUUCUGCACGGCUAGUGUGGGAAAUGUGCGAAAGAUUUGUUUGACAUUUGCCUGGAGAAUAAAACCAGCUUGGAUUUGAAGGCUCUCACAUUUGUGUACAUGUUGUGCGCAAACUGAUCUUUCCCCUGUAGCUUCACGUUCAGCUCAUUCACGUGUGAAAAUAUGUCCACAGCAAACGCAAAUUCACAAAGCCAGUUUGUGUCGCUCAGCUCGGGGAAUUCUUCGGAUUUCCCCAUUAAAUUAAAAAAUGACCGAAUCUCGUCUUUGAGCUCCCAGACUCGUUGAAACACUUUCCCCAAACCUAACCAGCGGACGCGAGAGUGGUAAAGUAGGUCCUGGCAGGGCUGGACUGGGACAAAAAAAGGGCCCUGUUUAGCAGAAUAAAGAAAUUCAUACAGGUUUGAAACAACUUGGGGGUGAGUAAAUAAUGACACAAUUUUCAUUUUUGGGUGAACUAUCCCUUUAAAGAGUACAAACCCUUCUUUAAUAU